GCCCGCCCUCUCCGGUCCGGGCCGCGGAGAUCGCGGAAGCGGCCGCCCAGCAUGGAGGAGCUGCUGGCCUUCCUGCGCCCCGAGGCCCGCGGGGACCUGAAGGGCGGCGCCGUGCGGAUCGUGCUGGGGCUGACGGGGGGCGCCGAGGGCCGCCGCCUCCUCCUCGCCCGGCCGGGCUUCGUGGCGGCGCUGCUGGCGUUGAGCGGCGACCCGAGCGCGGCGCUGGCCGAGGCCGCCUUCCACGCGCUGCUCAACCUGGCGGCGGAGCCGGGGGCGGCCGGGGCGUUGCGGGCCGGGCUGCCGGACCUGCUGCGCCGCCUGCUCGACCCCGCCUUCCCCCUGGCCGCGCCGGCCUGCGCGCUGCUGGCCAACUGGUCGCGCGCAGAGGGCCCUUGCCGGGAGCUCUGGGCCGAGCUGCAGCGGGGCGGCAAGGGGCUGGAGCCGCUGCUGGAGGCCUUCUGCGCCGAGGACCCCCGGCCCGGGGCGCCCUGGCACCACCUGGGCUCGCUGCUGGCCAACCUGAGCCAGCUCCCGGAGGCCCGCCGCGCCCUGCUUGACCGCUCCGGGCGCGUGGUGCGGAGGCUGCUGCCCUUCACGCAGGACGCGGGCUCGGCGCUCCGGCGGCGUGGCGUGGCUGGGACGCUGCGGAACUGCUGCUUCGACUACCGGCACCACGAGUGGCUGCUGAGCGAGCAAGUGGAUCUCCUGCCCUUCCUUCUCCUCCCCUUGGCCGGCCCCGAGGAGUUCCCAGAGGACGAGAUGGAAAAGUUGCCCCUUGAUCUGCAGUACUUGCCAGCGGAGAAGCAGCGGGAGCCAGAAGCUGACAUUCGCAAGAUGCUCCUGGAGACCCUCCUGCUGCUCACAGCCACCAAAGCAGGGCGGCUCCUGGUGCGAGAGAAAGGCACCUACUUUGUCCUGCGAGAGUUGCAUAAGUGGGAAGGGGACCGUGGGGUCCGCGCUGCUUGUGAAAAGCUAAUCCAGGUCCUGAUUGGCGAUGAGCCGGAGGCUGGGAUGGAAAACCUACUGGAGGUGAAGGUCCCCACAGAGGUGGAGCAGCAGCUGCAGUGCCUGGACCAGGAGGAGGAGGAGGAGGAGGUCUUGCUGGAAAGAAUUGCAUGAAAGUCAAAGGAGCCCCCCCCCUCCACUGGGGGAAGAGAAAGAACUUUCUUCUUUGUUGCUGGUCCUGGCAUUUGGGCACCAAAAUCCUGGCACCUACUUUGCUGCCAAAGGCGCUCCUUGGCACUGCCUAGUGACUGAAGGCCGUUUCUCUGCAGUCUGGGCAAGCAGGAGAGCUGGCAUCCCUCCAGCCCCAGGAAGAGGGGUGUGAAGGGGGGGGCUGCAGCUCCUCUCAAUAAAGGCUGUGGUGCACUUUU